AGUCAGGCAGGAGCUGGCCGGCUGCAUGUGUCACACUCACCACAGGACCUGGAAUUAGGAGGACUCCCAACCUACAAAAUGACAGACCAGGUCACCGGGACCUUGGUUCUCACUGUCUUCACUGCUGUGCUGGGUUCCUUCCAGUUUGGAUAUGACAUUGGUGUGAUCAAUGCCCCUCAACAGGUAAUAAUAUCCCAUUAUAGGCAGGUUUUGGGUGUCCCGCUGGAUGACCGAAAAGCUAUCAACAGCUAUGUUAGCGAGAGUACACAGGAACUGCCCACAACCCCAUACCCAAGGAGUCCAACACCAAUCACUUGGGCUGAGGAAGAGUCUAUGGCAUCUUCUGGCAUCAUCACCAUGUUCUGGUCCCUCUCUGUGUCCAGCUUUGCAGUUGGUGGAAUGAUCGCGUCAUUCUUUGGUGGGUGGCUUGGAGACAAGCUUGGAAGAAUCAAAGCCAUGUUGGUAGCAAACAUUCUCUCAUUAGCUGGCGCUCUCUUGAUGGGGUUUUCGAAAUUGGGACCAUCUCACAUUCUUAUAAUUUCAGGAAGAGGUGUAUCAGGACUCUACUGUGGGCUAAUUUCAGGCUUGGUUCCAAUGUACAUUGGUGAAAUUGCUCCAACUACAUUCAGGGGUGCUAUUGGCGCUCUUCACCAGUUGGCCAUUGUCACAGGCAUUCUUGUUAGUCAGAUUAUUGGCCUUGACUUUAUCCUGGGCAACCAUGAGCUGUGGCACAUCCUGCUUGCUCUGUCUGCUGUGCCAGCUGUCCUCCAGUCUCUGCUGCUCUUCUUCUGUCCAGAAAGUCCCAGAUACCUUUACAUCAAGUUAGAUGAGGAAGACAAAGCAAAGAAAAGCUUGAAAAGACUCAGAGGAGGUGCUGAUGUCACCAAAGACAUUGCUGAGAUGAGAAAAGAAAGAGAAGAAGCAUCAAUGGAACAGAAAAUAUCCAUCAUUCAGCUCUUCACCAAUUCCAGCUACCGACAACCUAUUCUAGUGGCAUUGAUGCUGCACAUGGCUCAGCAGUUUUCUGGAAUCAAUGGGAUCUUUUACUACUCAACCAGUAUUUUUGAGACAGCUGGAGUCAGCCAACCUGUUUAUGCAACCAUUGGAGUUGGUGCCAUCAACACAAUUUUCACUGCUCUCUCUGUCUUCCUCGUGGAGAAGGCAGGGCGACGCUCUCUGUUUCUGAUUGGAAUGAGUGGCAUGUUUAUCUGUGCCAUCUUCAUGUCUGUGGGACUUGUGCUGCUGAAUAAAUUGACUUGGAUGAGUUACGUGAGCAUGACAGCCAUCUUCCUCUUUGUGAGUUUCUUUGAAAUUGGCCCCGGCCCUAUCCCCUGGUUUAUGGUGGCUGAAUUUUUCAGUCAAGGACCACGCCCUGCUGCUUUGGCAAUAGCUGCUUUCAGCAACUGGACCUGCAAUUUCAUUGUAGCUCUGUGUUUCCCAUACAUUGCGGACUUCUGUGGACCUUACGUGUUUUUCCUCUUUGCUGGAGUGGUCUUCGCCUUUACUCUGUUUACAUUUUUCAAAGUUCCAGAAACCAAAGGAAAAUCCUUUGAGGAAAUUGCAGCAGAGUUCCGAAAGAAGCGUGGCUCAGCCCCAGCACCAAAAGCUGCUAUCGAAAUGAAAUUCCUUGGAGAGAAUGCGUAAAGAUAACCUGCUUUUUGAUAUGAACAGAAAAAGAAAGGAAGUCAUGUGUUUUUAAAAGACGACUCUUUGAGAAUUUUAUAUCUGCAUCUCGAAGUAUUGUUUUAUUUUUUAAAGAGCUUUUAUGGGCUCUGAUUAGAAAUAUCAUUAAAUAUUACCAAAGAAAGUAUUUUUUUUAAGUUACAGAAUCUAUUUUUUAUGAUAAGACUAUAAUUAAGUAAACCAAAAAGUCUAGCUCAUUUUGCUACACUACAUGGAAAGGACAUACUAAUAUUCCUACUUCUACUUUUUAUAAUAAGGUUCUUUUGAAAUCAAAGCGGUUUCAAUGUAUCAUAUUCUUGCUUCAUUAAGCAUAUGGUUACAAACCUGAAAUACAACUAAUAUUUACGUAUUUGGAUAUGACUAAGAUGGAAUUUUCUUACCCACAAAACUCAUACUAUAGGAGACAGGGCUUGUGGCAGUCAAGUUCAUGGUAAAAUUGAUAACUUUCCCAUUUCUCCCACUCAACUUUUUCUUGAGUAUUAAAAUUUGCAUUUUGCUUGAAUUUUUAUUUUUUCUAUAAUUUCAUGUGGAGUGGUUUAUUGAGUGUAUUAAACUAUGUUUGUAAAGAAAAACCUUUCUUUUUAGUAGGCUUACCAAAAUCUUUAGUAUUCAGGGGAAAAUAAUUAGUUCCUUUGGUGACCAAAUGGUUUUGUAAGAUUAUACACUAACAAGGUUUUACCUGGUCAUAUAGAUGGGUUAUUAGUUAAUAUUAACAUCUAUUUUAACCCAUGUUAAUUUCUUGUUGGUUCAAGCCUUUCAACUAUGUUUUGUUUUGCUUUUUAAUUGAGCACACCUGGUUUUCUGACUUGUGUUAUAAAAUAUACUCAGUGAUAAGUGGGGCAUAUUGUAUAUCUCCUCAAACCCCAAUAGAGACAUCGAACUUAGGUAAUUUAAAGUAAAAGAUUGCUCUGUUUGUUAGACAUUUUCUGAAUUAUUAUAUUUCAAAACAGAUUGAGAAGGUAGGGUUGGAGAAUUCCCAAGGGUGGGCCCCCGAAAAUUCAUGAAUGCUCAAUUUCAGACUUGAUCCAAAUCUCCAUUUAAUUUUCCUGGAAAGACUGAGUUCUCUAACACAAAACAAUCAUCCCCUUUGAUGUUUCCCUCUUUGCCUUAGCGGUAUACUGAUGCUAUCUAAGCUCUUCUGUUGCUAUUGCUAACAUUUAUUGUGUACCACCUAUGUUCCAGGAACUGUGCUAAGUGCUUUUACCUAUGUAGGCAAAUUGGAAACACACAGAUGAUUAAACAGAUUUUCUCUUACAGUCAAUUUUGCCAACUAUGGAAGUACAGUUCUAAUGGAUACCAAAGGCUUAGCAGGGAGCUCAAUUAUUUCCAGGCUCUUUCGUCACAAAGGGAAUGCUGAAUCAAUCCUUUUUAUGUUUGCCUUAAUGUGCAUAAAAACAUUCAACACUUGCUUUUUUACUUCAUUGCCAAAGUUGUUUAUCUUUCUGUAAUUUGGCAGUCCCAACAACAUGAAAUGAUUUACUUUCACUUUGACUGAUUUUUAUUUUUUGGGGGCCAAUAAACCAUUUUCACUUAGGACUUCUGGACACAGUCAAAGUGAGCUUCAAUAGUUCAGCAGAUCUUUGUGCUAAACUGUGAAUUAUGAAAAAAAAAAUAUGUAGGGACUCUGAAUAGGGCAGGAGCAGGAAAAUUGCUCUUGUGUGGCUCACGUGUUCUUCGGGAUGCUAAUGCCCUUUGAUGCCCAAAGUUGCAAUGAUAAAAAAAAAAUUAGUACACCUGAAACUAACAAUAAAAAAAAAAUUUAAUGUUUUUAUAGCCAAUGAAUGUGAUUUAAUCAAAUCACUACUCCUGAUCUCAUUUACUAAGAGAAUAAAAUAAUAAAGGUUUAAUAAAGAACCCAAAAGACCACUCUUAAGUUCUAAUUAAUUAUUUUGACUGACCCACAAAUACCAGAAAUUCAAACCAUGAAGUUUUCUGCCUCAGAGAAAUUUAAGUAACUUACAUUGUUUCCCUUCCAAAAUUUUUUUCUUACUGAGAUACAAGUGAAUUGAAAAGAAACGUGAAGGUGAAAUAAGAAACUGUUAACACUUUAUACUAGGACAAAGGAACUAGCUAAACAAUAAAAACUCCUAGGUCUUCAAUGGUAUACAUCAUAAUAAAUAAUGAAAAUCACAGUAAUUAAUUAGAUUUAGUUCCAGGAAAAUCAGAUGUGACUUUGAACACUUAUUCUUUUGUAGUCCUUUAUCAUUUUUGUGGAAGUGUUUUCAUACACUAAUAUUCUUAAAUAUGUGAUUUUUCUAUUAGUGCGUUCAAAACAUGAUUACCCUUCUUGGUCUGGCCACUCGUCUGCUCCAUCUAGCUGUUGCCCACUCUCAUCACAUCAGCGCAAGGGUCUUCUCUACCUACCUCCUUCCGUCUUGAGCCUACACGACCAGCACUAUAAUGCGUGCUGAGACACAGAAUGCCCCUCUUCAAGGAGCUCUCAGUCUAAUAAGGAGUUCAGGAAGACCAGGGUAUAAAUAUUCCCAUCUACAUCUUUUGCCUUCCAUAAACCUUGAUUUGGAGACUUCUCUUGUAAAAUGGGCUCAAUAAUAUCACCUACCUCAGAGAGUUAUUGUGAGGAUUAAAUGUCAAGUGCUAAGCAGAGUGCCUGGUACAAAGUGGGUACUCAAUGAAUGUCACCUAGAAUUAGUAGUUACAAAGAUGCUAUUAGGAUACAGGAUUGUCAUAUUUAAGAUAGUCCCAAUUUUUUCUUUUUAAUAAAAGGAGUUUUAUAAUUCAAGAUAAUAUUCUCUUCAAGCAAGAAUCUCACAGAGACAAGGGAAUGGUAAGAAUCAGGGGAGAUGUGAGGCUAUCUAAAGCCUAAACUCAUAUUUGAUAUUUCUAAGUAGGCUAUAAGAGUUUUUAUUGCAUUUAUUUUGCCUAAGUUAUGUUAUUUUUAAGAGGUCUAUAUGUAAUAUUAUUUCUUUGGAUAAUGCUAAGUACAAUAUAAAAUGCUGGAUAUCAUAUUUAAAUGCAAUUAUAACCACAGGAUUAUAACCACAAGACAAGACCACACCUUCCUGAUAAUCCUCAAAAAUUGCAAAAGUGUGUAAACCAGUGUGCAUAAGCUACUUCUUAUUGCUAGCUUAUUGUUGGAUAUGUAGCUAAUAAAGCAAUGUUAGGCAAUAUCUUGUGCUUACCAUGUCCUAAGCAGAAGUGCUGAGUAAAGUGUAAAAAAUACAACUUUUGAUUGCAAUUCUAUAUCAGUGACCUGAGAAGAAAAGGUUUAUUGCCUUUUCUUGAGGCAGUGAACUCUGAUCCAUCUGCUGGUGUUUUUACUGCCUUCUAAUUUGGAGCACAUUAGAAAGAAUCAUCAUGAAAAGAAAUUGGUUUUAGUUAAGAGUAUAUGUACACUAUGGUUUUAUAAUAAUAAAUGUAUUUCCAAAUGCUUAGUGUUGUUUUAUUUUAUAUAGAAAAUAACCAUAUUUAAGAAACAUGAUAUUGGUUUACUGUAUAUGCUCAUCUCCUUCUCGCACUAUUUUUCCUAUUCCCAUUGUAAAGAUACUAUGUGAGUUACUCUUUAAACCCAAAUUGCAUUUUCAUCAGGCAGUUGUUUUGAUUAUCAGUAGUAGAUGAAACUAACCUGAAGGCUCUGUAAAAGAACAGUGGAAGAGGAAUGAAUGUCUCCCUUUGAUGAAAAUAAAAAUAAUUUAAUUAGUAAAUAUUCAAUUGAGCUCCUAUUAUAGACACUUUGUAAAGUUUUGUGAAAGACUCAAAUCUUAGACAGCAUGAUCCUUAUCCUCAAUCAUCUGUAUUCUCAUAAAGGGGAUAAAAUUUGAAAACAAAUAGUUACAGUACAAAGGAGAGACUAGAACAAACUAUAAGUUAGUGGUUAUCAAAUUUUUAGGUUGACAUCUGAAAUUUUCAUUAUAUGUUUAAAUAGCUGGAAAAGAUGUAACUUUUUCAAAAUAUACUCUAUGUUGACAUUUAAAAAUUGCUCUACUCUAUCCUAUGGAAUGUCAAUACCACAGUAAUUUGUUACUCACCAUAACCAUUAAAAAAAUAAAUAUAUUUAUAUAUUUAA